AUGACGACUCAACGAGCGCUCGUACAUGAGUCGAAAGGCGUUGCUGUGGUCAAAAGCGAUGUCCCACUUCCAGAACUUCCAGAGGACUACAUUCUCGUAAAGACCAAAGCAGUCGCCCUGAACCCCACUGAUUGGAAGAGUCUUCACAACAAGCCCGUAGCGGGCGCCGUCGCUGGAUGUGAUUACGCAGGCAUUGUUGAAAAGAUCGGCAGCAAAGUCACGGCGGGCUUGAAAGUGGGAGACAGAGUAGCUGGUUUUGUCCGUGGGGGCGGGGUUACGAAGCGCGAGACAGGAGCGUUCGCCCAAUAUAUCAAUAGCAAGGGAGGAAUCCAACUGAAGCUAGCCGACCAUGUCUCUUUCGAAGACGCCUCCACUCUCGGAGUUGGAAUCACGACUGUUGGGCAGGGCCUAUAUCAGUCCCUCGGACUGCCUCUCCCACCCGCCAAGGUGGAGAAGCCUACCUCCAUCUUGAUCUACGGAGCCUCAACAGCAACGGGGACACUUGCAGUCCAAUUUGCAAAGCUGUCAGGGCUAGAAGUCAUUGCAACGUCUUCACCCCAUAACUUCGAUCUGCUCAAAUCCCUCGGUGCAGAUCAGGUAUUCGACUACAAAGACCCCGACGUCGGUGCAAAGAUCCGCGAGGCGACCAAUGACGAACUCUAUUAUGUAUUCGACACUAUUUCUGAGCAUGGAUCUCCUGAGAUCUCUGGGCAAGCACUCAGUUCCAAGGGUGGGCGGUAUGCAGCUCUUCUUUACGCUACAGUCCCUCGAGCCAAUGUCCACAGCACCGUGACAAUGGGUUAUACCGUGACCGGGGAGCACUAUAAUCCACAAUGGCCAGCAAAUCCCGAAGAUUAUAUCUUCGGCGUGAAAUUCUGGAAAUUGUCAGAAGAUUUGAUCAAUAGUGGCAAGAUCAAAACGCAUCCCACUGAAGUGCGGUCGGGUGGCCUCGGGGGAAUUGCUCAAGGUCUCAAUGAUUUGAAGGACAAUAAGGUCAGUGGCGUUAAGCUAGUCUAUAAAAUUGAGUAG